ACAGAGACUCAGAUAGUGUUGUCACAAUUACAUAAUUAUCCCAUGAUACUCAACUGCUAAUGAUAUAUAUAUAGCUACACAACUUGAUCAUAGCUGCACAACUUGAGUUUUAAACUGUUGGUGACUUCUACAACUCAACCAAGAAUACAGUAUUAUUACAAGUCAAAAAAUUCUCAAAAGCAAAUUUUGUCAUGGCAACCCCAUCGAACUGUGUCAAGGAUGUUACGAUGUUAACAGAACCCGAGAUUGAAACAAUAGCAGCUAGUGAUGCACCCUUCUUCAAGAUUGGAGUUGACGUAAAGGGGAAGGAGUAUCUGUGUUAUGUGAACUCUGAGAACCAUGGGCUGAUGUACCCUCCUCCCAAAACAGACAACUGCAAGAGUCCCUCGGUUGUGAUGAAGAUGGUCAAAUUGGAGAAGCAGGGAGACAGCGAUCAACACGGUUAUGUUAUCACAAACCCUGUGGUCAAAGAUACCUACCUCAAAGUCACCGAGGAAACUUUAGGAUCGAAGAAAAAGAGAGCUGUGAGGUUUGAAAAGAAAUCAGAAGAGGGGUUUUACCAAAGCCAGCUGUUCAAGCUUCGCAAGCAUACAAGCUCUGAUUCAGAAACAAAGUUUGCUCUCUACACAACUGCAAUCAACAGCAAAGGCAACAGCGUGAUCUACUACCUGAAGACUGAGUCAAGAACCAUCGUGGCUGAAGAGAGCAGCUCACCAGACAACUAUGACUACUUCUGGUUUGGUCGCAAUGUUGAAGUAAGACCCACUUAUGGACCAGCACUCACAGUUUCAGAGCUGAAUCAAAGUUUAGUACCUGUUCCAGUUGUCAUACAAAUUUCUACUGAUAACCCUGGCCAUAGUAAUGGAUACUUCCUAAAAACGGAUACUCGUAAUGACACACUCUUUGAUAGCGAGACUGUCCUUAAUAAUACCCUCCCAAUUCCCAUCAGCUAUAUACUGACAUUCACGCCCCUUGGUACACAACCUAGUACAUUCAAAUGUACCAGCCAAGUUCUGAACUUGCAUCAUUUGAAUACAACAGAUGCAGCAGUAUUGUUUCAAGAGGUCCUUCGUCCUCCAACAUUUCAAUUUCAAGCUGCGUCAUCACGGUCACCGUACGAUAUGAUCAUCUAUGAGCCUGGCGCUAGUACUGCUGGUGGUAAUAACUAUCUGACAUAUGCAUCGGUCAACAAUCCAUUGAAAAAUAUCACAGCAACUACAGAGAGAAGUUUGGCAACAUGGUUUGUUAUUUAUCCAGUGUUAUAGCCUAACACAUGAUGCUGCUGUAAUGUAGUUAUGAGGCACUGUACAUGACUGUUAUAAUAAAUAUAGUCAUAUUGAACUGUAGAAGAUAUAAAUGGAUCUAGUAAGUAUUAUAGCUGAAUAUUUUUUGCCCCAGAAAAUUAACUGACUACAAUUAUUUUAAUUGA